AUGCAAUCCCAUCCGGAUAGAGAAUACAAAUUUAUUAUGGUGUAUCAGGACCACUUAACUAAGUUUGUUCAAAUACGUCCAUUAACGUCAAAAAGAGCUGAGGAAGUAGCUAAGAGCCUGGUAGAUAUAUUUUGUAUUUUCGGCGCCCCAUCUAUACUACAAUCGGACAACAGCCGGGAGUUCGCCAACCAUGUCAUUGAAGAGUUAUGUACGAUGUGGAGUGGCCUUAAAAUAGUCCAUGGGAAACCACGUCACACUCAGUCACAGGGCAGCGUAGAAAGAGCAAAUCAAGAUAUACAGAACAUGCUUAUGACGUGGAUGGACGAUGAAAACUGCACGCGAUGGUCAGAAGGUCUAAGAUUUGUUCAGUUAAUGAAAAAUAGAGCAUACCAUGACGGGAUAAAACAAGCUUCUUAUGCCGCCAUGUUUGGGCAUGAUAUUAAUGUCGGCCUAUCCACAUCAGCUUUUCCAAAAAAGGCUAUUGAAAAUCUACGAACCGAAGAAGAGUUCGAGAAAGUGGUAUGGGAAUUUGGUUUAGGUAAACAGCCUCAACAAGAAAUAAAUAUAAACCAGUCUAUGGAUAGUGACCCAGAACCAGACAAUUUGCAAGAAGAUAUUACUGAAGUUGGCAAUAUGGAAAAUGGCAACAAUAAUUAUCGAGAAAACGCUAGUAAUACAGAAACUUCAGAAAAUCAGAGCAAGUGUGUAGAGCUUGUACCAAAGGAAUAUACAGUCAAACAGACUAGACGCAAAAAGAAAUUUAGAAAAUCAAGCAAAAAGAUGAAAGCUUUAUUUAAUUCAAAGUUUCCCCCAUGUUCUGUUGGAGAUACAGUGAGAGUAAAAAUUCCAGAUCGAGGAAGGGGUGAUUUUAGAAACUUAUGUUCUUAUGAACUUCUUAUGACAGUUAUCGAGAAAAUUGACGACGAUUUGUAUAAGCUAGCGAACAAGAGAGGAACUAUGAAAGAAAUGUUUUCCAGGAACGAAUUUUCUGUGUGCAGUGAGAAGCUUAUUGAGAUGGAAAGUGUAUCACCGGAAAAGAGAAAUCUAAGACACCUUGCAAAUGAACAGUCACUUUUAGGAGGUCAAGGUUAUAAACAAUGCAACUGUAAAACUAAAUGCAUGACCAAUAAAUGUAAAUGUAAAGGUAUUGGAAAUCUUUGUAACUCGAAAUGUCACAGCAGCUUGUCUUGUUUGAACAAAUAG